AUGUCCCAGUACAUUCACGAUUUCAAGUACAUUUACAAUGAAGCACCAAUAUCUCACUGGAUCUAUCCAGCAACAGCUGUUGUUGGUUAUGGAUUGUCUCUUUAUUUACUUCCACUGUAUAUGAAAAAGGUUAGAAAUAAUACACCAAUGAAACAUCCACUCUUGGAAAUGUUCAUUAAAUUCCACAAUAUUUUCCUCAGUGUGUUGAGUUUGAUCAUGGUUUUGGGAUUUGUUGGUGAAGCUGUUGAAGUUGUUAAUGAAAUUCCAGAAGCUAGCUUUAUGGAAAAACUCUCUGCCUUAACUUGUGAUGUUCCUAAUAGAAUGGGAAAGGGUGCAGUUCCUUUCUGGUUGUACAUUUUCUACUUGUCCAAAUAUUAUGAAUUGUUAGAUACUGUCUUUUUAAUGAUCAAGUGUAAGAGUUUGACUUUCUUGCAUACCUUCCAUCACAUGAUUACCUUAUUAUUGUGUUGGUAUGUCAUUUUGGAAAAGUCACAAAUGAUGUGGUUCCCUUCAACUUUGAAUGCUGGUGUUCACGUUAUCAUGUAUUUCUACUUUUAUGUUUGUACUGUUAAGAAUUCUCCAAUCUUUACUCCAGGUUGUUUGAAUGUUAUCAAGCCAUGGAUUACCAGAAUGCAAAUUAUUCAAUUUGUUUUUGAUUUGGUUGUUCCAAAGGUUUGGUUGUGGUUCAAGUAUGGAGAUAACCAAACUUGUGCUGGUAAUUAUUAUCCAUUCUUCUUGGUUGACUUGACUGUUGCUGCCUUCUUGGCCUUGUUCUUGAACUUUUAUAUUCAAAGUUAUAAGAGGAAGAAGACUGAUGUAAAGAAGACUGAAUAA